AAAAAAAUGAAAAGAGGAAGAGAUUACUCCGCUGCUGUUUUGCGGAUGUUUACACCAAGGAAGGGCGAGACAUUACAACACUGCAAUGCUGUGAGUGAGGAGACUUGGAUGAUAAUCCAGUGAGAGAUGAUGGACCCGGAGGUGUCUGUGCUGCUGCAUUGUGCCGACUGGAGGGGGCUGCAGGAGUCUCAUCUCAAAGUGGAGCUUUCUGAAAGAUUUAACAGGCAGACAGAUGCGGCUCUGGAGCGUCACAUUGAGGAGGUGUGGACUGAGCGGGUCUCGAAGGAGCCGUGGCUUUUCAACGGGCCCAAAUUCAGGCUGCACUCUUUCUGCUUGGCCUCCACUCAGCAUCCCUCAUCACCGGCAUAUGCUUCACCAAAACAUCCAGCCUGCACCCAUUCAGCCACAGCACCCUCCUUAGACUGUGUGCAGGGUCAGAAUCGUUUGGACCAAAGAAACAAGUCUAUCAGCCCGACAGAAAAGGUAGAGGGUGACGUCCAUCCGGCAGCUAGUACACUGGACCAAGCUUCAUCUGCUUGUAGAAAAGCUCAACUUCCCCCACACUCCGUUGAACACACAGACGAUGAAGACGCCGCGCCGCUCCUCACGCUGAGACUGGGCCUUACGUGCUACAAGGACUACCUGGGAACCAACUGGUCACGUCGGGUGGCAGAGCUCCGUCAGCGCGGUGGGGCGGAGUUCAGCGAUCCCCUGGCGCUGCUGGCUCAGCCGCUGGGUGUGGCCGCUGUCCUGUGCACGGAUGACGGACAGCUGGUGUUGAUCAGGAGGAGCCAGAGGGUGGCAGAGGCAGAGGGGCUCCUAGACGUCCCUGGAGGUCACCCAGAGCCACAGGUGGUGUGUGAGCGCCUGGGCCGGGCGGCUUGUGAGGAGAUCAGCAUGGUUGCGAUGCAGCAGAGGCCGGAGGCCGUCGUCUCAGAGCUGUUUGCGGCCGUGUGUGCUGAGAUCAGAGACGAAGUGAACGUUCCCCUGAGCUGCCUCGGAGACCCUGUCCUGAUGGGUGUCGCCCUGAAUCACACGAGUGCUGGAAGACCAAGCGCCGAGUUCUACGUCAGCUGCUCACUGACGUCUGAUGAAGUCAGAGAGUUGUACUGGAAAGGAGGAGCAGAGGCCCACGAGUCCACAGACAUCGUGUUCCUCAGCAGAGCGGAGGUUUUGCAGCUGGACCGGAGCAGCCCUCUGUGGUCGGAGCUCUGUCCCUCAGCUAAAGGAGCCGUGCUGCUUUAUCAGACAGUGAAACCUGACGGAGAGUGAGACCAGAAACAGACACAAAACUUCUUCAUCAAAGUUUAUUUAUGUACUCUUUGACUUUAAGCACUCUCUUAACAAUACUGGUGUUAAAACUGUGCAAAAUACAGUUUUUCAUCAUUUUUACACUGUACAGUAAAAACAACUUAUAAAAUCUUUUUGUUUUCGAAUACAAAUCCUGUCCACAAAGUGACCUGGGUUUUGGCAUCAAAAUUCCUUAAAUAAAACACUGAUUAUCAUUGAUUGGUCGAAGCAGGGGGUGCAACAUAUAAUCUGUAUUUCUCCAUGAUUUAGUCAGCUCCUAAUCUUUUUUUCUAAUUAAAUGGCUGAUCAAUAGAAAAUAUUGUCCUUGUAAACGCAGGUAAUGCAGCAGCAUCGUUUUCUUCAACAGUUAUCCUCAUAACCGAUGUAACCAAAGUGUCUGUUGUAGUUGUAGCUCGGGUCCGGAUGAGCCAGGUUCCACUGAAAUGUAAAUGACACAAAAGGACAAAGUGAUUUGGUUUCAUUUUGCUCAAUGACUGAGCUGAGAUGAGGUUCGGACUGGGAUAAAAAAAAACGAACUUUAAGGGAGUUUAAGUAGCAGCUAAGUGCUAAAUGUAACCUCUCUGUUAAACAACAGGAACCUCAGCACAACCAGGUAGAACUAGGUGUAGCUAAUAAACUGGCAACUAUGUAAAGAAGAAAUGGAAAUUAACGUAAUUAGAGGGUCUGCUAACUGUACACAAACUGAUCUAUCUCACUGUAAAAUGACAUCAAAAUCCAUGGUCCUUGUACAUAAACUGGGCUGUCAGAUAUGUUUCUAACAGCUCCGUGUGUGUUUGAAAUCACCAUGUUACAUUUUGUUUUAUUUUGUUAAAUGGGGGAAAGAGGUUGACAAGACUUCACUGAAUCUGAGUCUAUUAUUUAUUGGCUAUGAUGCUUAUAAUAAUUUAAAUUCAAAAUCAAACCGUUGACCCCAGUAUGAUAGUAGUAAAAUGGUUUUAUCCGAGUAGAAGUGACAGUGGAAAAAUAUUUGUUGUUUUCACCCAUUUUAUUUCUUGACGAGGAGGCUGCUGGAAGCCCAUAGUUCCUCAAAUACAUUACUGUUUAGUUGGAUUAUUGUUCUGUGAUUAAUGCAAUAUUUGACGACAGCAGAGUUCUGAACAAAAACACUGGUUUAAACCUCUUAAACCUUAAAGAGUAAAUAAACCACUAAACCACUUUUUUCUCAUCUGAAAA